UCACGGUGUCUCCGCGGGUGGGUAUAAAAGUUGAACCGGACCAGAGAUGCCUGCAAGCUGAGCGAGAGUACCCCGAGAGUCAGGAGACCCAAUUCGACCAAAACAGAAGAUCCAAAAUGGUGAGGAUAUCCUUCCGCCAGGCUUCGGCUGACAAGGUAGACAAAGACGAAACCUACAUAGAUGAAACGGACCAGGAGUCUAAUCAAGCCCAGAUCAAGCGGUAUUUUCCUGUCCGCUUGUGUCUCAUCAUGUUUUCUGGACUGGCCAUCUUCCUUGGAAUGCUGCUGGGCUCCAUUUACACCUACCGCCACUUCUUCCCUGCAGAGCUGUCUGCAAACAGCAAUUCAUCUUUCAAUCGGCAGGUGCCCGGGCUAAAAGAUCUGGACCAAGACAUCAAUCAACCGACCGACGUGUUCAAAUGCAACGUUUUGCUCAACUGGCAUCAGAACCGAAUGGCGCUGGUCAUGGCCGUGGGCAUCUACCUGGAAGGCGACAACCACUACAUCAGAAUAGACUUGUUUAAAGCUGGACAUGAGGAGCCCGUCAGCAUUAUCCAUGACUUUGCAAAUCUCAAGACGGCAUAUUACGCCAAAAAACAGCACAAGUGCUAUGUGACCGAGCUCAACACCAACCUGGUCAAAGCUCCACGGAACCUUUGGGACGUGCUGACCUUCACCAAGAGGGAGAUGUACCUGCCAGAUAAUUACAAAAUCCAAGAGGUGAUGCAGGUGACCCGCCAGCUGCACGACCACGAGGAUCUGGGUGGACCCAUUCAAGGGAUGUGCCGCAACUUGACCACCUUCGAAAUGGUUCCCAAGGACGACGUGGACAGUGAGUCGGGCAACUACGAAAGUGCCUCAAAGCAAGAAUCCACCAACGACUGCCUACUGAUCAGGCACUUGGAGAACCGCUACUUUGUGGAAACCAAUAUCUGCUACUAAAGAACGCAACAGCCCGGCCAGCGCCUCUUCAAGUUUGACUAAAAUGCACUUUAACCUUUGGCAAUUUGAUUUCUUACACAUUUCAUUGACAACGCCCGUUUUUUCUUGAUGGUGACUGGCUGGCGACCAGUCCAGGGUGCCUCUCGCUCAAAUUCAGCUAAGAUAAGAAGCUUGCAUAGAGAACCACCAAAUUUGAUUUUUACAUUUUCUAAUUAACAUUGGUCAAUGGCAAAUUUUAAUCGGAUGGUUUUGUUUGUCCUAAAUGUUAUUUAACUGCUAGGUUUUUUUUCCUGGCGAAUCAGGUUUUUGAAAGAUUUUAUAUUUGUGUCAGAUUGCUUGAACUCAUUUAUAAAUAUGACGAAAUAGUACCGUUUUUUUCCGUGUAUAGUGCGCAAAAUUUUACUAAUUUAUUGUCCUAAAAUCUGGGGUGCGCAUUAUACAUGGGUACAAAAAAAAAAAAAAAUAAAUAAAUUUUUUAAUUUUUUUUUUUUUUUU